AUGGAGGAAAGAAAGGAUAAGUUACAAAAAAUUAUGACCCAACCAAUUAACCAAAUAUUCCGUUUCUUUACUGGCGGAACAAGGGUCCAAAUUUGGUUAUUUGAUCAGCCUAAUACUAAAAUCGAAGGAACCAUCAGGGGAUUUGACGAGUAUAUGAAUAUGGUAUUGGAUAAUGCUACAGAAGUUCAUGUGAAGAAGAACGUCAAGAAGGACGUUGGAAGGAUUCUGUUAAAGGGAGACUGUAUGACACUAAUUUCAGCAGCUACAUCAAAAUAA